UCGCAGUUUUAGUCGGAUUGUCAAAGAAACAUGGCGGCGAUUGAAGUUGAACCCACCAAAGCCGAAAUCCUGAUGCGUACACUUAAGCUGUCGGGGCACGUCGGUUUCGACAGCCUGCCCGAUCAGCUGGUGAAUAAAAGUGUCCAAAAUGGUUUUGUAUUCAACAUCCUGUGCAUUGGAGAGACUGGUUUGGGCAAGUCAACUCUUAUGGACUCGCUGUUCAACACUAACUUCGAGUCAACACCCAGCCCACAUAACUUGCCCACUGUUAAGUUGAAAGCCCACACCUAUGAACUGCAGGAGAGCAAUGUUAGGCUCAAGCUAACAAUCUGCGAUACAGUAGGCUAUGGGGACCAAGUGAACAAGGAGGACAGCUUCAAAGCUGUAGUGGAUUAUAUUGAUGCACAGUUUGAAGCGUAUCUUCAAGAGGAGCUGAAGAUCAAGCGGUCCUUACCGGCUUACCACGAUAGCCGCCUGCAUGUCUGCUUGUACUUCAUAUGCCCAACAGGGCACGGUUUGAAGUCCAUCGAUCUGGUGUGCAUGAAGAAGCUGGACACGAAGGUCAACAUAAUUCCUAUCAUAGCGAAGGCGGACACCAUAUCCAAGACUGAACUGCAGAAAUUUAAGUCCAAGAUAAUGCAAGAGCUGCAAUUGAACGGCGUGGAGAUCUACCAGUUUCCGGUGGAUGAUGAGUCUGUGUCUGAUGUGAACGGAAGCAUGAACAGUCACAUUCCCUUCGCUGUGGUGGGGAGUACCGACUUCGUCAAGAUAGGCAAUAAGACGGUUCGCGCGCGGCAGUACCCCUGGGGAACUGUGCAGGUGGAGAACGAGUCUCACUGCGAUUUCGUGAAGCUGCGAGAGAUGUUGAUCCGCACCAACAUGGAGGACAUGCGAGAGAAGACGCACGCUCGUCACUACGAGCUGUACCGGCGACGGCGUUUGGCGCAGAUGGGCUUCUCCGACGUGGACGCAGACAACAAGCCAGUGUCGUUCCAGCAGACGUUCGAGCAGAAACGCAGCGCGCACUUGUUACAACUGCAGCAGAAAGAAGAUGAGAUGAAACAGAUGUUCGUGCAGCGCGUCAAAGAGAAGGAGGCCGAGCUCAAGGAGGCGGAGAAGGAGUUGCACGCGAAAUUCGAAAAGCUAAAGAAAGACCAUACAGAAGAGAAGAAGCGUCUUGAAGAUCUGCGCAAGAAGAUAGAAGACGACACUAUAGAGUUCAACCGCCGCAAGCAGCAGACAGUGCAGGGCCACCACACGCUCACGCUGGGCAAGAGCAAGAAGAAGUAACCGACCCACCGACAGAUAGCUAUCCUACCGACACAUAACUUUGAUGGGACUAAGCGUGAGAUCACACUAGGGAAAUAUUUUGUGACCUACAGAUAUAUUGUUAUAUUAAAAAUAUUUAAACGCACACCCGUGGGUCCUGUGGUUAGCAUGAUUACAGAUCACGAGUUCUUGCGAUCGAUUCCUGGGCCAGGCCUAGUUUAAUUUUGGUUUUGUCGGGUAGAAAAACUAAGUCCUAUCCCGAAAUUAAAGUACUAGGUCGUCCAACGACCACUUCGUUGCGAAAGCCGACUUUGAAUGAUGUUGCCACCCUCUAUGGCCAUAUACAUAAAGGUGUUUUCACCCUUUGUAGCCAUAUACAUAAAGCUUUUUCCAACGCUUUGAUAAAUAUGAUAAGAAACAUUUUAAUCAUUAAUUUUGAGUCCCUAUUGUGAUCUGAUACUAAUAUAACCAAUAAAUAUCUGAGAAGCUGCUAGUAAUGGCAUAGGCGUACAAUGCACGACUCGAGUGUUAAGUAAAAUUAAAUCUGAGUGUUUUGUGUCCAGUUAUACUUUAUCAGAACACUACCUAAUACAUAAUUAUGUUCUCUGGCAUACAGAAUUUGAAAGUUUUGAUUUGACUCAAUACGCGUGGCGUUGUAUGGCUUUGUGCCUGUGUAUUCUCAGCUUAAUUAUUCAUCAAUACACGAUUCGUUAGCUUAAGAGGCUUUUAAGUGACCUCUGAUGAUUAAAGAGGUAUUAUGUAAAAAACUAAUCAUCUAACGCUCGGCUGAUUUUCAUGAAGUGGGAUACUAAAACGAAUGUUAUAUAAUUGUUUUGAAACGGUUUGGCUAUUUGAACUAAAUGUCAAAAACCUGUCAGUUUCAAUUCAUUUCAUUCAUUAUUUAGAUCUGAAUCGGUGUGCUGCCAUCAGAAACAGAAAUUCGUGAAUAUUAUAGUAGUAGAAUUACCACUGAUGUAAUAAGAAAUGGACUUCGGGUCAGCGCACAAAAACGUGCGAACUAAAUGGGUAUGAAAACUCAAAAGCGCUAUAAAUUUCGCGCCAAUCUUCAUUUGUUCGACUAACAGAUUACACGUAUAAAAUGGCACACUGCAUGGUAAAAACAUGCAAAAAUUACUCAACUUACGAAUGAAAAGAUGAUGGCGUAUUUUGUGUAGCGUAUGUUGUGUUUUUUCCAGGAAGUAAACAAUUUUUUUAUCAUUUUAAACUAUUGUUUUGCUUAGAAACGUAGUAUUUUAUUUAAAUUUGCAUUAAAUCUGAAAACCAAUAAUAAAACUCAUCAUAUUAAACAAAAAAUAGCAUAUCUGUCGUUUUCGUACAUAGAUUUUUGCAAGCAAAAAUUAAUUUAAUUGCAAUGAUGAUAUAUGAUUCAAAUGGAAAUGUUUUAAAUUAUUUAAGUUUCUAUACAUGUAAAGGUUAACUCGAGACACUUUUUUCGUAAAUUUUGUAUAAGACCCGACGUCCAUUUCUUAUUACGUCAGUGAAAAUUACGAUACAUUUUAACUUACAAUCAAUACUUUUAUUCGAACAUACAUUCGAAAGCAUCCUGCAUUUUUAGUGCAUAGCAUCGUCGAACCUUUUUAUUUGGGUACAAAGAAUCCUAUGCACUAAAAUUAAUACUUAUUAUAUAAAUCAUGUCAUAAAAUGUUGUUGAUUGCUUAAUAUUAGCUAUUUACGCAACACCUCUUUAAUGAAAAUAACUUUUAAAUCAAUAAAAAAUAAAAUUUAUCAAUAGGCAUUUUAAAACAUAUAUUGCUACCAAAAGUCUGAUUUUGUUCAUAGGAUUUAUUGAAUUGGAUGUUUGAAUGGUCUAAUGAAAUUUGCCCGAUAACUCAUUUGCAACGAUUCACUCAUAGUCCAUUUUUUCCUACCUAUCUUAUAAAUUAAACAAUCUUUUCCUUACUUUUUAGUGUAGAGUUAGUUUUAUGAAUAAUAAAACUGAAUAUAUAUUAAAGUACUAAGUGAGCGGACUGUAUUUUGGCGAAUUUAAAUCCUGAAAAUGGCUACUGGUGUACCAGUAAUACGUGCCCGGCCAUAGAAUUUAUUUUCAUGUUCUGUUAAGGUAAUUAAAUAUAUUAGUAGUAGUUAAGGACAACACCACUACUCGUUUUUAAACCACUUUAUUAUAACGACUAUUUUAAAAUAAACUCUACAAUAAAAACUAAAGAGAAGUUAAUUCACAUUAUGAGACAGUUUAGAAACAAUAGAGGAUACAAACGCAAUAUAACUAGGGAACAUUCUAAAAAAUAUAGUGCUAACUAUAUGCUAUAUUAUGCACUUUAAUUUUAAAGGUAUCCGUUCACUUUGUAGGACUAAACGAAUAAUCGAAUACUAUAAUAUUUUAAAUAUAUGAUUAAAAAAAUUAACUGCUGUGGAAAAUAAUUUUUUUUAACGUUAAAUUGAAAGUUCAAUUUUAAUUAGGUUGCGUGUAUAUAGUUUAAAUGAAAACGCGAAAGUGUACCUUCUCAUACAUACGCUCGUAGCAAAUGAAAUAUAAUUAAUAAUGAUCCAUUGUCGUCAUAGUUAAUACCUUUUGUUUGGUUAGUGAUUUGGUGGCCGGAGUCAAGUGACUUGAAAGUCGGCGGUCAUGUUAAGGCAGGUCCAAGCUGCCGGCAAAGGCCGCCGAUCGUUGUCUAGACAACGAUGAGUACCUAGGUACUCAUCGAGAAUGAAGGCCAUUAAACGCACAUCCAGACUGAAAAUAAACACUUCAAAAGUGUGAUCCUCCUUAUGACCGAGUUCUACCGGCCGAAAACAGUGUUCACUUUUAUAACAGUCGAGUUCCUACACAGUGGACUGCCACCUUACAGGUUCAAAAUAUAUAAUUGUGUUAUAAUGUUUAUUAAAAUACUAAUGCGAUAUACGAUUACACCUAUAUUUUAUAUUAACCAGUCUAAAUGUAACCACCUGUACCGACGAAACUAAGCGCCUCCGCAAAUUACAGACUUUUUCGAACGAUAGCUAAGUCAGUUGCGUAAUUGAUAUAAAGAGCGAUAUCAAUCAAAAAUACCGUGAAAAGAGGGCUAGUUAUACGAUUUAUAAUAUGCCCAAUUACUGUAAAACUUAGGUCCGUCUAACUCUGUUUGGCGAACCUAACUAUCGAUAGGCUGGAUGAUGAUUUUACCCUUAGUACGAGUUAGCAGCAAACUUUGUUAGUUUUCUAGUAUAGCUUACGUUAUCGUUAAAUGAGUGAAACUAAAUUAAAUUAAAUAGCAUCAUGUGUUUUGUUUU